GUCGGCCGUGGCGCCCUCGGCAGUUCCCGGGUGAGGUACAGCCGGGCCCGCGCCCUGCGGGUUGUCGCUCCGCAGCCGCCAGGCCUCAGCACCGGGCUCGGGGCCGCUGCCCGGUCGGGGACCCUCGUUGUAACGUGAUUCCCUCCCGGUACCCGGCCCUCCGGUGUAACUGGGCCGUGCCGGUUCGGAACGAGCCGUUCGGUGUGGGGUGGCUCCUCGGUCUGGGAAUCUGCAUACUUUUCCUGAUGAGAACAGGAGUUCCUGGGGAUUGGCAGACGGAGGAGUUCAAGGCAUACAGUAGAGUCUUCCCGGGGAAGAUGUCGUCUUUGACAAUGAAAGCCCGUUGUCUGGACAAGAGAGGAAGUUUCUUUAAGCUCAUUGACACAAUUGCCUCAGAAAUUGGAGAACUGAAACAGGAGAUGGUACAGACAGAUCUCACAGUGGAAGAUGAAUCUGCUGAUUUGCGAAGCCCUGUCCAGUGUUGCUGCAAAGUUGCUGACCACAGGCUAAUAAAGGACAUGGAUAAUGUCUCUCCUGAGAAAAAUGAUGUAAAAAGCUGCCCCCGGGACUCUGGGUAUGACAGCCUAUCCAACAAGCUAAGCAUAUUGGACAAGCUUCUCCAUACUCAUCCUGUGUGGCUACAGCUUGGGCUGAAUGAUGCUGAAUCUUUGGAAAUUCUGCAGGCUCAGCCUCCUGGGGUAUUUCUGGUUAGAAAAUCUGCACAACUGCAGAGGAAAGUCAUCUCUCUGCGUCUGCCUGGUGACCGUGGGCCCUGCCUGAAAGAAUUUGCAAUAAAAGAAAGCACGUACACUUUUUCCCUGGAGGGGUCUGGAAUAAGUUUUGCUGAUUUAUUCAGGCUCAUUGCUUUCUACUGUAUUAGCAGGGAUGUGCUUCCAUUCACCCUGAAGCUGCCUCAUGCUAUUGCUGCAGCAAAGACAGAAGCCGAACUUGAAGAGAUUGCUCAGCUUGGACUGAACUUCUGGAGCUCUCUCGUGAACAGCAGACCCCAGGAUCCCUCACCUCCCCACAGGUCUCUGCCUCUGGACGGUGCCUGUAAGGACUCACGCCAGCUCUGCCUUAUAAAUGGAGUGCAUUCUAUACAAACCAGAACGCCUUCAGAGCUGGAGUGCAGCCAGACCAAUGGAGCACUGUGUUUCAUUAAUCCCCUCUUCUUGAAAGUGCAUAGCCAGGAUGUCAGUGGAAGUCUGAAAAGGCCAAGCCCAAGAGCUCAAGAGACGAAUGGCACAGCCAGGCCUCGCUCCCCCCCACCCCGGCCACCACCUCCUUCUAUUAAUAGCAUCCUCACAAGUCCGCAGCUUUCCAGGACUAUAAAGCAAGUGAGCAUGCCAGAAACAGUCAACCAUAAGAAAGAGAGAGGCUUGGAUUUGCUGCAGGGUAAACCAGCCCCUAUUCCGCCCCCCCGUCUGAAGAAGCAGGCUGGCUGCUCGGAGACAGAAGGCAGCACAGGAGUUGUGGGGGUGUCUCGGCCUGGCCACAGAUCGGUGCCUGUGCCUGAAGCCGCUGUUGUUCCAGGUGAAACCCUGUCUGAGCCGGCUCCAGCAGCUGCCAAAAAGACUGCAGCUACCAGCUCUGAGUCACACAUACCGUGGAAUGGAGGCAGGCAGAGGCUGAGCGACAUGAGCAUUUCCACCUCCUCAUCUGACUCGCUGGACUUGGACAGGGGCAUGCCGCUGUUCAGCUAUGAGGGGGACACCAACAGCAGCCUGGAGGAUUUUGAGGGGGAAAGUGACCAAGAGAGCAUGGCACCCCCUCUGAAGCCCAAGAAGAAAAGAAACAGUUCGUUUGUUCUCCCCAAGAUUGUGAAAUCUCAGCUACGGAAAGUCAGUGGAGUUUUCAGUUCCUUCAUGACCCCUGAAAAGAGGAUGAUUAAGAAAAUUGCAGAGAUGUCCCGGGACAAACGCACUUAUUUUGGGUGCCUAGUGCAGGACUAUGUCAGCUUUCUCCAGGAAAACAAGGAGUGCCAUGUUUCCAGCACUGAUAUGCUUCAAACAAUUCGGCAGUUCAUGACCCAAGUCAAGAACUAUUUGUCCCAAAGCUCCGAACUUGAUCCCCCAAUCGAAUCGUUGAUUCCUGAGGAUCAAAUAGAUGUUGUCCUGGAGAAGGCCAUGCAUAAGUGCAUUCUGAAGCCGUUGAAGGGCCAUAUUGAAGUGAUGUUGAAAGAGUUCCACACCGCAGAUGGAUCUUGGAAGCAGCUAAAGGAAAACCUGCAGCUGGUGAGGCAGAGGAAUCCUCAGGAACUAGGUGUGUUUGUUCCAACACCAGACUUUGUGGACGUUGAAAAAAUUAAAGUCAAGUUCAUGACAAUGCAAAAAAUGUAUUCACCUGAAAAGAAAGUCAUGCUGCUUCUGAGAGUUUGCAAAUUGAUUUACACUGUUAUGGAGAAUAACUCAGGGAGGUUGUAUGGAGCUGAUGACUUCUUGCCCGUGUUGACAUACGUACUUGCCCAGUGUGAUAUGCUGGAGCUGGAUAUUGAAAUUGAAUACAUGAUGGAAUUGCUGGAUCCAUCUCUGCUGCACGGAGAAGGAGGCUAUUACUUGACAAGCGCUUACGGAGCCCUUUCACUGAUCAAGAACUUCCAGGAAGAACAAGCUGCCCGACUGCUAAGUUCAGAAGCCAGAGAUACUCUCCGGCAAUGGCACAAGAGGAGGACAACUAACAGGACGAUACCUUCAGUUGAUGAUUUUCAGAACUACCUUCGUGUUGCAUUCCAGGAAGUUAACAGUGGAUGUACAGGGAAGACCUUACUAGUAAGACCAUAUAUUACUACCGAAGAUGUAUGUCAGCUUUGUGCUGAAAAGUUUAAAGUGGACAAUCCAGAAGAAUAUAGCCUGUUUCUUUUUGUGGAUGACACCUGGCAGCAACUGACAGAGGAUACCUACCCUCAGAAAAUCAAGGCAGAGUUGCACAGCCGCCCACAGCCCCAGGUCUUCCACUUCGUCUACAAGCGUAUUAACAGUGAUCCAUACGGUGCCAUUUUUCAAAACAACGAUGACUCAGCUUCCUAAAACCAGCAACUCAUCAUUUAAUUCCUGUUCCUUGUGAACUCUUGAAAAACAUCUUUUUUGGCUGCCUUCCUUAGGAGUUAAAACAGGUCUUAAGCCUUAAGUGCCUAUGAAACACAUGCAGACACUUCUCGCAUUGCUUACAAAAAACCCACAUAAACCAGUGAACGUGGCCAGUGGCAGAGGGCGUUCCAUUAGCACACCUGAGUAAACAGUCCAUGAGGAUGAAUUUUUUGUACCGCAGACUCUUUUGAAGCAUAUUAUACUGUGGCCCUCUGCAAGUCUUUGCUGUAGUGUGCAAAAAUCUAUUUUCUUACAUUCAUCCUUUAGCCAAAUGCCAUUCUGAUCUAAAUACAUGUAUGCCAGACAUAUGUUGCAGAAAACUGGCUGGUAUGAGCUCAGUUUCACCAGCAUGAGUUUGACACAACUGUCCGAUGCAGGGCAUCAGUUAACUCAAUUACCUGGAUGAUUGCAUCCUUUCCUAAUUUUUUUAAUUCCAGAAAAUUGCCAUGGUUAUAUAUAUAUAUAUAUAUAAAAUAGAAAUUUUAUAGCAGUUGCAGGUAAACUGUCAGGGUUGGUUUUUGAAAUAUUUUUUUAACUAUAAAGUAUUCUAUAAUUAUGCAUGUGAUUUUAACAUUUAAUAUACAAAAUAAAUCUCUUGCUGGUCUUAGAGUAUUGCAUUAUAAGUCUCUGUGGUUUCUCUUCUUUUCCUGUUAUAGAAGAGUUUUUAAUAAACUGCUAUCUAUAAGAAGAUUGUAACAUUGCACUGGCAAUUUCAGUGCCUUAUCUGAACACAAUGUACUGUUAUCUGGAAUGUUGUUUAUAUGCAUUGUUUUAGACAGAACAAGGGGGUUGGAAGAGGAAAUGGAAAAAAAAGGAUGUAGAAAAAGGGCAGAGAAAGAAUGUAGGGAAUCUAAUUUAGGAUUUAAACAUGUUAGUCUGCUGGUUCAGGCUCCUUGCAGAAAAUAAGCAAAGGAGAUUGGUAAGGGACCUUUGUAUAAGCAUGUUGUAGAUUUGCAGAGGCAUACAACAGCACAUCACAGAUACCUGUUUGUGUUAGCAGAGGACUGAAUGUAUCAGGUGAAGGAGAACACUAACUGUCCUGUACAGGCUGUCACCAACAUUAAACUGUGUCUGGGAUGGAAGAAAGUCUUGUGGCAUUUCAUGGUUCUAAGCUACUUUGGAGCUGAGGUAUGCAGCUUGGUCCUCCUCACACAAAGCUCACAUGGUGUUAAAUCAUUCAAGGUAGAUGAUGCUGUGGGUGUCCUCACUCCAGUCCAUGAGGGCCAUCCUCUUCAGAGUGGCACGGGGCUCUUCCCAGUGCAUGGAAGGUGGUCACAGGGAUGUUGGCAAGCAGCACGAGUGUUGUACAUGCAGAGAUUGUCACCUUUCUGUCUGUUUGCUGUGUACCUGAAACCCCUGGCACGUUUGUAUUUCCUUCUGUAAGUGGUGAGUUUUGCACAUAGUAAUACAUGGUAAUACUGAACUGUAA